AUGAUAUCUGUCGGCUUACUGUUUCUGGGGAUCUUCCGCAAUGCUCAGGCAUAUCUCCUACGUUCAAAUGCUACAGAUAAAAGAAGCCGACGAGGAAAUAGAUCAGGAAGGGAAGCAUCGAUGUCUCCAAUUUCUAAUCGUGUCAGCAGUGGGUCAUUAGCUGAUGCAGUUUUCAAAUCAGCUUGUGAAGAACGGAUUUUGCUAGCUUAUGCUGAUUAUAACCCGGACAUGACAAAGGUUGUGAAUUUAUUUUCAAAAUAUAAUGAAACGGUGAAUACAGUACGUGUCAGUAACGAUGCUGUUAAGAACAUAUUAGAGAUUGUUAGAUGGCCAUCAAUGCCGCUUAUUUUUGUUAAAGGGAACUGUUGUGGUGGUUUCAAAGAACUUUAUCAGUUGGAGGAAAGUGGUUUUUUGAACGAAUGGUUAAAGGAACAUGAGUAUGACCUUGCUAUUGUUGGAGGUGGUUCUGGUGGUUUAGCGGCUGCAAAGGAAGCUGUUCGUCUAGGCAAAAAAGUGGUUUGUUUGGAUUUUGUUAAACCAUCAGCAAUGGGCACAACUUGGGGAUUAGGUGGAACUUGUGUUAAUGUGGGCUGCAUACCGAAGAAAUUGAUGCACCAAGCUGCACUUUUGGGCGAAUAUAUCGUUUUAGAAGAUGCUAAGAAGUUUGGCUGGGAAAUACCGGAAGGUGCAAUAAAGUUAAACUGGCAUCAAUUGAAAAAUGCUGUGCAAAAUCAUAUUGCUUCGUUGAAUUGGGGAUAUCGAGUUCAACUAAAAGAAAAAUCAGUAACGUAUAUGAACUCGUACGCAACUUUUACUGGUUCGCAUGAACUAAGUGUCAAAAACAAGAAAGGAAAAGUAGAAAAAGUUACUGCUGACAGGUUUUUGAUCGCUGUCGGAUUGAGGCCACGUUUUCCUGAUGUUCCAGGAGCAUUGGAAUGCUGUAUUAGCAGUGACGAUUUGUUUUCAUUGCCCUAUAAUCCCGGAAAAACUCUUUGUGUCGGUGCAUCAUACGUUUCGCUGGAGUGUGCUGGAUUUUUGAAAGGUAUUGGUAAUGAUGUCACGGUUAUGGUUAGAUCAAUUUUGUUGCGUGGUUUCGAUCAAGAUAUGGCAGAACGCAUUAAGAAACAUAUGACAGAACGUGGUGUGAAAUUUGUCCAAUGUGUACCAAUCAAAUAUGAGAGGCUCAAAAAGCCAACCGACAGUGAACCAGGAAUGAUUAGAGUUCAUACGAUCCAGGAAGAUGAAGAUGGAACAAAGGAAGUUACAGAAGAUUUUAAUACAGUCUUGAUGGCAAUAGGACGUGAUGCUAUGACAGAUGAUCUUGGUCUGGAUGUAGUCGGUGUAAACCGUGCAAAGUCUGGCAAAAUAAUUGGAAGAAGAGAGCAAAGUGUUAGUUGUCCUUAUGUUUAUGCCAUUGGUGAUGUGCUAUAUGGCUCUCCAGAGCUUACACCUGUUGCAAUACAAGCAGGUAAAGUUUUAAUGCGACGUCUUUUCACUGGCAAUUCUGAGCUCACCGAAUAUGAUAAAAUACCGACGACAGUAUUUACACCGUUGGAAUAUGGUUCUUGCGGAUUAUCGGAGUAUUCUGCUAUCCAAAAAUAUGGAAAAGAAAAUAUCAACGUGUAUCAUAAUGUAUUCAUUCCUCUUGAGUACGCCGUGACGGAACGAAAAGAAAAAGCACACUGUUAUUGUAAACUUAUCUGUCUGAAAAAUGAACAAGACUUGAUUCUUGGUUUUCACAUUCUCACACCAAAUGCAGGUGAAAUAACACAAGGCUUUGCAAUAGCUUUGAAAUUUGAUGCGAAAAAAGCCGAUUUUGAUCGAUUAAUCGGUAUUCAUCCGACUGUUGCCGAAAACUUUACGACGCUAACGUUGGUUAAGGAAGAUGGGCAAGCACUAAAAGCUACGGGAUGCUGA